UCGGUCUGGCUGCCUCCUGGCUCAGAGAGGAAGAGGGAGACGGAGGCAGGUGAAGGCAAACGGAGAGAAACCAAGAGGGGAAAAGGAGGGGGAGAAAAAGCAAGAUGAAGGAAAGAGAAGAAAGCAGAACUGCCUCUCUGCAUGCUGCACGCUGAGACGGAGGGGGAGAGCCGCCGCCAGAGCCAGAGAAGCAUGCAAGUCUCUGAGUGUGAAGAAGGAGCCUGAGGAGGAACACGAUGCUUCAGUCCCGCUGUUCCUGAACCCAACCAGGAGAGUACGAAGGCGCAACAGGAGGGAGGGCGAACAGAAGGGAAACCCUUGAGAAAAGAAACAGAAUAAAGAGUAGAUCAAGAGAAGCCCGGGGAAAAGAAAAGCGAACGAAGAGAAUGGAGGAGAGAAUCACAAGCAAAGAAGCAGAUCCCCCAGCAGCCCAGCUCACAUGAACGCGUGGAGCCGAGCCUGACCAAACUUACUACUUCAAGAUGCUGUCAAAGAACGAGCGUGAAAGGGCGGAGUGUUGGUGAUGGAUGUCCGCCUGCACGCACCGCUGCUUCUUCAAACUGAGCAGGAGUAGAUGAAAGCUGCGCUCUCCUCUAAUCCAGGUGUGUGUGAGGGAACAUAUGGCCAGGCAGAUGUUUGGGAAGUGAACGGAGACCAGGAGUCGCCAGAGCAGAAGCAGGGAGGAAAGGGGGGAAAACACACUCACGUGUAAAGUGAGUUGGCAACGGAUUACAUAGAUAUUAGGACUGUGUGUGUUUGCGUGCGUGUGCGACUCGCACAGUCCUACCAUCUAGGAGCGGGGAAGAGCUGUAAGAGUGUGUGUUUUUGAAGAAAGGCAGAACACAAGUGAUGUGUCGCUGACUUUUCAGGCUCCUUCACACCUGGAGAUCCACCGGAAGCCACUCGCUACCUCAUCUCUGCACAACAAGUGGACUUUGAGCACUUUAUCACCAGCGCUGCUUGUUCUCCUGCUGGCUGGGAAGCCCACUGGGGUGUCACUCCUGAUUUCCUCGGCCCAGUGGAUGCCUUCUAGCGCUGACCAUGGGAGAAUGGACCAUCCUAGAGCGCCUCCUGGAGGCUGCUGUGCAGCAGCACUCUACUAUGAUUGGAAGGAUCUUGCUGACGGUUGUGGUGAUCUUCCGUAUCCUGAUCGUGGCCAUUGUUGGAGAGACGGUGUACGAGGAUGAACAGACUAUGUUCAUAUGUAACACGCUGCAGCCGGGCUGCAACCAAGCCUGCUAUGACAAAGCCUUCCCAAUCUCCCACAUCCGCUACUGGGUCUUUCAGAUCAUACUGGUAUGCACUCCCAGCCUGUGCUUCAUCACCUACUCCGUCCACCAGUCAGCCAAGCAAAGAGACCGGCGUUACUCUUUCCUCUAUCCCAUAAUGGAGAAGGACUACGGGGGACGGGACGGGGCGCGAAAGCUGCGCAACAUCAAUGGUAUUCUAGUCCAACAUGGUGGAGAUGGAGGGGGAGGGAAGGAGGAACCCGACUGUUUGGAGGUGAAAGAGAUCCCCAACGCUCCUCGGGGUCUCACCCAUGGCAAGAGCUCCAAAGUUCGGCGACAGGAAGGAAUCUCACGUUUUUACAUCAUUCAAGUCGUGUUUCGAAAUGCACUGGAAAUUGGCUUCCUGGCAGGCCAGUACUUCCUUUAUGGCUUCAGCGUGCCUGGGAUUUUCGAGUGCGACCGCUACCCCUGCCUCAAGGAGGUGGAGUGCUACGUGUCCCGGCCCACGGAAAAGACGGUGUUCCUGGUCUUCAUGUUUGCUGUGAGCGGCAUCUGCGUGGUGCUCAACCUGGCCGAGCUCAACCACCUGGGCUGGCGCAAGAUCAAGGCCGCCAUCAGGGGAGUCCAGGCCCGCAGGAAGUCUAUCUGCGAGAUCCGGAAGAAGGACAUGGCGCAUCUGUCCCAGCCGCCCAACCUGGGACGCACUCAGUCCAGCGAAUCCGCCUAUGUCUGACAAAAACAUUGAAAAUAAAAGGAAAACAAGAGGGGGUUGGGACGGCUGCUCAAGAGGGAAAAUGGAUGACACAUUUUUUGCCAAGCAAGGCAAUCAGUUUUCUGUGAUGGUGGAAGAAAACAGAAUGUAAAAUGACCAAAAGUCUGGCUCUGCAACUUUGAAAAUCAAGAGAAGGAGGCAGAGGACUAAGAACAUAAUAGUCUAAAUCAGGACAAAAAGGUUUUCUCCGCAGAAUGGACUUAAUUAACACAAUGGUCUCAUGAGAAGAUAUUCCUACCAUUUUAUAUGUCUGUCUUUUAUAACUAAUUACCUUUUAUCCUCUGUAAUGAGAAAAAUCCAACCCACAUGGGGCCGGAGAGAGAAGAAUGAGGGGAAAAAAAGGGUUCGAAAGAAGAUAGUGAUGAUGUUCUCUUGGGAAAUUGGAAAAUGACUGAGGUGUGUGAUGCAUCUGAUGGUGCUUUUCAUCUGGACUUCAUCAGCUUCCCUUGAAAGAAUUGAGGGAAGGGGGGGCAGGAUAGGGGACGGGAUGAGGAGGAGGAACGACAACAUCAUUAAAAGAGGAACGGAAGAACUGUCAGGGUCUUGACAAACCCUAAAGCUGCUCAAGGGGAGGGGGGAUCGCCAAGCUGUGUGAGAAACAUAUAAUACAAAAGUGAGGAGUGAAGAGAGGAAGCAUUUUUCCUUUCCGAUCCUCUCUCCGUCAGAGCCAGACUGAAGCCAGGAGAAACGGAGCUGCCUCCGAACAUUAUGUCUCGCCUCUGCUGGAACAUCGACACAGGCCAAACCGAGAGAGAAAGACUGACGAUGUUUUUGCUUUGUCUCUUGGCAAAAGAUGAUUUCAACACAAACACAGCGACUAGCUACCAUAAACACUCUUUUCUUCACCUCCCCUCCACCUCCCUUCCUCCCUCUCAGCUGGCAGCUGUGGUGACAGGGGGCAGGGAGGGACGCGAGUGACAGAAAUAACCCCUGCUGCUCUCCUGCUGCAUAAACUUUGAAGAGUGAACAAAUGGACAGACGGAUGGUUAGUUUGAGUCUCUCCUAAAGCACAAACCAUACAAUCCUUCCUCCAGCAUUUUGGUGCGCUAGGAGAAAAAAAAAAAGCAGAAGAAAAAGGAGAGCAGAAGGAGAACUAAUUGGGGAGGAGAAAUUCAUCACCUUAUUAUAACUUCAAACAAUUUUUUUUACAACACAACACUUAAGAUUACUUUUUUGCUUUCAAAAACAAUGGUGCCAUCCAGAUACUUCAAUAUUCUCUAACAAUUACAUAGAGUACGACCUGGUUAUAUUAUUUAUUCAUUCAUAGUAUAUCCAAAUAGAUUUAUUUAUCUUUGGCCACGGGUUGGAUGAGAAGUUUAUUUCAAACCUACAAACUGUUUGUCUCUUUUCAUUUUUCUUUCCAUGUGAAGCAUUUCUCACUGCUCUGGUUGAUUCAUGA